AGCGAGAGAGCAAGAGAGCAACAUGAAAGUUCUAACAGCAGUUCUAUUGACAUGUGUCUCGGUGAUGCUUAUAGUUGUGGCGUCCCUUGCGCUGCUGCACAGCGUCUACGGCACGCCGGUGCCAACCCCUAUUCCGGCUAAUAUUACGGAAACCAAAGCGCCACCCAAUGACGAGCCGCUGCUUCUGGAGACGCCGACAGCCAAUCCAUCUUUGCAGUUGCCUCAGAACACUUUGAUGGCCGCGAAUGACCCAGAUGUCGCUGCUAGGAGCUCCUUUAAACCCAUUAGCGUGCCUCUCUCGGCCAAUGCUGAAACUUCGGCCGUUGCAACAGCUGCAGGCGAACAGAUUUCAUUGCAGGGAAACCUGGAUGAGCUAGUUCCCGACGAGGCUGCCGAGCCCUCAACGGCUUAGGGCAUAAAAGUCGCAAAAGCAGCUUUAAGGCAAAUCCACACAACAGCAAGCAGAACACACACACAUGCACAUACAUUUACAUAUAACAGAUAUAAGCAUAUAUAGCUUAUAUAACUAUGCUUUAUGUACCUAUCGCUAUAUACACAUUAUGUAUUUCUAUCAGCACGGGCGAUUAAUAAAUUGCAUUGAAAAAGGAAUUUAAUAA